AUGGAGUCGCUCGUCGGCAAGUUGCGCCAGCAGACACUGGAAACGCAAGAGGAAGACUGUUCGACCGAUUGGAAGGCAUCGGUGCCUGUUGCUCAAGACCGGAUGACGGAGCUCGUGCAGGAGCCGUUCGGCAUGGCCAUGAAUAUCGAUCCGGACCAGGGCGGGAGCGCCGAGACCACCAAGACGCUGCCUCGCAGCCUCGACAUGAUGCGCAUGCACCGAAAGUUUUCCCGCCGCGAUUAUCUGCGCGCGCCGCGCCCCGGCAGCGUUGCGGCCAGCUCGAUGCAACUUGUUCAACCGCCGACCAUGGCGCCCCCUAUCGAGGAUUCCGCGACAGCGAAACCACACCCCGUUUUCGAGCGCAACCUCCCCACCAUGGCCGUUGAGCCGGUCGUGGACAUGAGCUUUCUCGAGCUGGAAGCCGACGAAGGCUACUGCGAGGGCGCCGACGACAUGUCCUGGCUCGCCGACAGCGCCAGCAUGAAUGGGAUGUCUCGCGCCGUUCGGAGCAACAGCCUCUUGAAGUUCAGGACGUCGACCGAGGCGGCGCUUCAAUGUUCCCUGCUGUAUGUGACGGCCACGACGGGCGUCAUCUGGACCUUGAUGCGUCGAGCGACGGGACCGCUCUUGACUUUGGACAGGCCACGAAUCUUGACGUGA